AUGUCGACUGUUCCUCCCCCAACCGCCGACCAGGACUACAAGUCCACUCUGCUUCCCCUUCUUAUCUCCAACAAUGUCCUCUCGUUCGGCAGCUAUGUCUUGAAGUCAGGCCGUGAAUCGCCCUACUUCUUCACCUCGUCCCUCCUGCACACGGCACCAUUGCUACGCGCCUCCUCUGCCGCAUAUGCCAGUGUCCUCUCCGCCGAACCCUUCGUCACCAUCAACGCCGACGGCACCGCCCAGCCCAACUUUGACAUCAUCUUCGGACCCGCUUACAAGGGCAUUCCCAUUUGCGCCUCCGUCACCAACGAGCUUGCUGUGCGGGACUCCCUGUCUGGCAAGGCCACCUGGGAUAAUGUGAGCUACUCCUUCAACCGCAAGGAGGCCAAGGCACACGGCGAGGGUGGAAACAUCGUCGGAGCCCCUCUGAAGGGCAAGCGCGUCGUCAUCGUGGAUGAUGUCAUCACCGCGGGCACUGCACUCCGCGAGGCUGUCGGCAUCAUCGAGAAGGAGGGCGGUAUCGUGGCUGGUGUCGUCGUUCUGCUGGAUCGGGAGGAGCGUGUCAGCGAUACCGAGUCCAAGAGCGCCAUCGGCGUUGCCCAGCGUGACCUUGGCGGCAAGAUUCCCAUCCGUUCAGUCAUCGGCCUCCACGACCUGAUUGAGAAGCUCGAUGAUAAGAUUGGAGCCGCUGAAAUCCAGCGGUUGAAGGAUUACCGUGAGCGCUACGGCGCCCAAUAA